CCUGACUGCACACUGCGAGUUAGCAGCCGUAUUUGUGAAUCAGCCAAUGUGUUCAGUUUCUUACUCGACGAUUGACAGUACUAUCUAAACGGAUAAUAUUCAGAUGUUCCGUCGGUACGGUAUCGUCAUUUAGAUUCACGAGUUUAGACUCUGAUAGUUAGCUAAUAUUUAGCUGCCAGGUCAGUUAUUGAUCUAUAACAGUAUUGCAAUUGUGUUGCUUGUCAUCUGUCCAUUUGGGUCAGAUAUUUAGGAAUUUAGGUAUAUAUAGUUAUAGUUUUACUCUUAUCUUUAAACUGAUUCAAAGAGUAGGGGAAUACUGCCCUCUGUUUAUUGUAACCACAUUACAGAGUCCUUUAAGGUCACAAGUUGGAUAGUGUUGCCCCCCCCCCCCAAAUGAAAGUGUUCAAUGAGUUGUAGAGGGAGCUGCAUAAUGCCAAGGAAGUAUGGCACGUGCUUCUACCUGCUCAACUUCCCUAGCAGACUCCAGUGGCAUGUCUCCAUAUACAGAACUUACUCCUCCCACAAGCAAAAUCCACAGGACAAAAUUCUGUCAGCUCAGGAGUGGACAUCGACCGCGGUAAAGAAUGUGGCAGAGAUCGGGAAACAGUGGGGGCAGAAUUCUGUGAAAACCGUGACAGCUACUGCCAAUUACUGGUGGGGAAAAUAUGAGGAAUUUAUUGGCCUCAAUGAAGUUAGAGAUGCUCAGUCCAAGGUUGCAGAGGCAGAGAAGCAGUUCAUGGUAGCCAGAGGAAUGGUCCGGGAGUCGCAUUCAAGUUUGGAGACUCUUCAGACAAGACUUAAGGAAGUUAGAGAUCGCCUGGACCGAGUAUCGCGAGAGGAGGCACAUUACCUUGAACUAGCGACACUGGAACACAAGUUACUUCAGGAAGAGCGGCGUCUCAAAACAGCCUACGAAAAUGCAGAGGGGGGAGAACGUGAGAAAUUUGCCCUGUUCUCUGCUAGUGUGCGAGAGAGUCACGAGAAGGAGCGGUCGCGGGCUGAACGCACCAAGAACUGGUCCAUCAUCGGAUCGGUGCUUGGCGCCAUCAUCGGGGUAAUAGGGUCCACUUAUAUAAACAGGGUUCGCCUCCAAGAACUGAAAAGCCUGCUUCUGGAGGCUCAGAAGGGACCAGCAAACCUACAGGAAGCUAUUAAAACCCAAGCCAGUUUGCACAAGGACCAGCAAGAAGAACUCAGAGGCCUCAUAGAGUUGCUUAGGGCAGCCAUUAAAGACGAGGCAGGUGAGGUGCGAGAUGCCGAGCGUGUGUCUGUUCCAGUGACAGAGGCAGUGACCGCUGAAGGCCCUACCCCCAAGGCCAGUGUCUCGGAAGGAGCCGUCAGAGAGAUACUGCUCCGCAGCCAAAGAGCUCAGGAUCUCAUGGAGGACCUUAAACCCCAGCUGAAGCAGCUGGAGCAGAGAAUGAGAAGGGUGGUGGCCGAGCUUCAGGCUGUGAAGACAUCCGUAGCGGGCCGUCCCACCGAGUUGCCGGUCAUCCAGGCCACGGAUGCGCAGUUCUUGGUGUGCAACACGGAGAGUGUCAUCAAAGGACUUGACCAAACAGAGAAGAGAUUGGAGGCUCAGAUUAAUAAAACUACUCUGUAUAACACUAUUCUUACUUACACAGCAUUUGCUUUAACAAUGCCAGUGUUGUAUAUUAUCUUUAAAGGUACACAAUGAAGUGGUGUAGGACACUUUAUACGCACUGGAGGGCCCAUCUUAGUCAAAUAAGUAACCUGAGAUUUUAUAAAGGAGGUUGGAAUUGCCAAGGUAUUAUGCACCAAGUCAUGGUAAAUGUUGAUUAAAAAUGUUAAAUUUGA